AUGCCUCUCCAGUCAUCCUUUCUCUGUAGGGUACCUUGCGAGGUGCUCGAGGAGAUUUCGGUGAACGUAGCUCUCCUUGACGCUCCCGUUGGCCCGCCUACGGCUCUGGUUCCUUUGCUUCUUACGUGCAAGCAUCUAUACAACACCCUCGGCCUGCACAGUUGUUCUGAUGUCUAUGCCCGGAUCUUCCGCGGUAGCUUCGAUUGCAGGGCCGCGCGUCGACGCCUAGGCGAGAAAGCCGUGAGGCCGAGCCACUUAGCUGCGCAACUGAAAAGGAACUUCGCAACCCUUAGGCGGAUUCGCGCCGGCAAUCUAGUCCAUGACGAGCUGGAGGAAGAUUUGUGGGCGGUCUGGCUCAUGUGUCUCGAGAAUGAUGGAAAGAACGAACUUCAGCUAGAUUGGGCGGGAGUCGACGACUUUCUAGUCCAGUUUCUGCGGACGCGCCUAUGGCACGCGCGCGAGACAUACGAUAACUGGCCAGCGGAAUUCACCAUCAACGCUCUAGCUAUUUGGAUCUAUUGGUAUAGAUUGGAUGAAGGAAAGCUCGCCACGCUUAACAGCGAAACACGCAAAUUGCUUCUCGACCGGAUCCGCCCCUAUGCACUUGCGGCACCACGUUACGCAUCGUUCCUCGCUCCUGAUAAUCAUUUCUGCAUCCCGCUUCCACGCCGCAUUGAUGAUGAAUAUGAGCGCGUCCUCGUCACACCCCACGGCUGGUACCCACAGUACAGAGAGCCCUCCAUGUGCGUAGAGCUCGUUGAACACUUCGGCCUCAAGCGUGAGCUGUCCCCUCCCCUCAUCGCUCAAGGAGCCAAGCUGCUCUACAUCUCGCUCUCCGAAAUGCCAUUCACGAUCGACCCCGCUCUACCCGUCAAUCGUGAACACGCGAUGCAGAUGGGCCGGAACUACGUGAAUCCGACACAAACGGAUCUGAUAGAAGCGAACGCGCACAAGGCGGUAAAGUUAAUUGGACGGGGCGACCCGGAAUGGACGCAACGCUUGACCGAAGAACAACGCAGAUUGGAGGAUGACGGCGCUUGGAGGAAGGGCCUCAAAGCCAUUAGCGCUGCUUUGGACGAAGAAUGGAAUAGGAUGGUUGGCUGUGGGAAUCCUUAUGAAAUCAAACCCAAAGGUCCCACGUAUGCUUUUGGCACGCUGACUGGGCUUUGGAAGGGUCUGCUGCUCGUACCUGAUACCGAUCAGUACUUUGCUUUAGUCAACUCUGCGCGCCUCCCAGCUAGCUUUUCCAGCCAAAACCCGCUAGUAGUCGGUUAUCCCAUGUACGCAAACCUCCGUGAGCAUCACUGCAUUAUGCCAGAAAUGCCCAUCAUGCCAGGAGGGUCGGAGGAUGAGAACGACGAUGGGAUUAGCAACGCUUGGUUUCCCCAUUGCCGCAUUCGUGAGGCGGGCGGAUUCGUCACGAUCACUGACGAGGAACAUGGGUUCGUCUCUCGGUAUGAAACGUUUGUUGAAGGCCGUGACAACUCUCAUAAUCCGGAAACGUGCACUGCUUGCAUACGUGAACGAGAGCUGGACGAAGUGGAGGAACGAGAGAGGAUUGAAGAGAUCAUGGCUGCCGCAGCAUCAAACGCGGAAUAUCCAGAUGACGACACCAACCUGGUGCGAGUGCGCAAGCAAGUUGACGCCGCCCUCGGUCCCAACACAGAUGCUGACGAACUCAUCGACACUGUGAUGAGCGAAGUCACCAGUGACGACGCCAGCAGUCUGGCUGAGAGCGAUGGAUGCAUCGAGAACACCUGCAGCGGAAUCACCGAUAUUGCCAUCACGGGCGAGACUUUGCCUAGGCACGGCCAAGCAUGGCAUCACUUCUACUUUUACGGCCGCGUUCGCUCCUGGGACGGCCUUGUAGCGAUCGUACGUGUGCCGAUGAUCCCUCAGCUGGGUGUCUACAUCUUCCGAGGCUACAUCGUAGCGGGAAAUUUCGUGGGCUCGUGGCGCUUGCGUACCAAUCAUGUUCGCGCCAUCCCCCUCGAGGGUCCCUUCGUUAUGAGUAAGGUAUGA